GCUAAAGAAAUUCUUACGAAGGAAUCAAACGUACAAGAGGUACGUUGCCCCGUCACCGUCUGUGGGGAUGUCCAUGGUCAAUUCCACGACCUCAUGGAACUCUUCAGAAUUGGUGGGAAAUCGCCAGACACAAAUUACCUGUUCAUGGGAGACUAUGUGGACAGAGGCUACUACUCAGUGGAAACAGUGACUCUUCUAGUAGCAUUGAAGGUGCGCUACCCAGAACGCAUUACAAUACUGAGGGGCAACCAUGAGAGCAGGCAAAUCACACAAGUGUAUGGCUUUUAUGAUGAAUGUCUGCGAAAGUAUGGCAAUGCCAAUGUCUGGAAGUACUUCACAGAUCUGUUUGAUUAUCUUCCACUUACAGCUCUAGUAGAUGGCCAGAUUUUCUGUCUCCACGGUGGCCUCUCUCCAUCCAUAGAUACACUGGAUCAUAUCAGGGCUCUGGACCGCCUGCAGGAAGUUCCACAUGAGGGCCCGAUGUGUGAUCUGUUAUGGUCGGAUCCGGAUGAUCGUGGCGGCUGGGGUAUCUCUCCACGAGGUGCUGGCUACACCUUUGGGCAAGAUAUUUCCGAAACAUUUAACCAUGCUAAUGGUCUCACACUGGUCUCCCGUGCUCACCAACUCGUCAUGGAGGGUUAUAACUGGUGCCAUGACCGAAACGUGGUUACCAUUUUCAGUGCACCCAAUUACUGUUAUCGUUGUGGGAACCAGGCUGCUAUUAUGGAACUAGAUGACACUUUAAAAUAUUCCUUCCUCCAGUUUGACCCAGCACCUCGCCGUGGAGAGCCUCAUGUGACCCGUCGUACCCCAGACUACUUCCUAUAAAAAUCUCUCCUAACCUUUGUAGAAGGAAGUACACCUGGCAUUUUAAAGAGCAACAAUAUUUACACGUUUCUGUAAGAAAUCAGGGUUCGUCUCAACUUAAAAUCCCUAUCAUGGACCAAAAUGUGCCAUACAGAGGAUGAAGAGAGUUUAGCACAACUUGAGACUGAAUUCCUUACAACACUAUGUAUAUCCCACCCCAAUCAGCCCAACAGUCAGUUUGCCUGCUGUAUUUGUAGUCAUUGUUUUUUCUUCCGGACUGUUCAGGGAGGAAAAGGUAACUCUAAUAACACUUCAUCUCCUUCGAGGCUUCUUUGUACAUUUUUAGUUCUAGUGUUUAACUGGCAUGAAUUAGAAUUUAUUUGCAAGGGAAAUGCACACUAACUUCUGCCCCCCAACACUCUAUUUUAUUGAAAGACCCAUUGACUUAACUGGAGAAA